GUACAUGAACGGAUGAUGCAUGGAGAAGACAGAAGUGACCCAGAUGGAUCAAAUGACGACUCUGAAGUACAUCAAGCCAAAGCUUCUGUACCCAAAGAAACACCUAUUGUGGGUUCGCCAUAUCACAGUAGAAGAAAAGGUAUCUGUCAUGACGUUGUGGGAGGGGACGACCGACGAUGGUUUUGGAAAAACAAACGUGAUAAGACAUGGGAAGAAUUUGAUCAGGCCAACAACGACAAACUGGACAAAAAAUAUCGUAAAGGCAAAACCUAUGCUCAUGUUCUUAUGAACAACAUAUGGCAGCAGGUGACAUUUAGAACACUGGAGAUGCAAACGAUCAAUAAAUACGAUAAAACCUCGGUUAAACGAGCAAGCAGCAAACCAAUAUAUGAAGCGGGGAUAGACAAACGCCAUGCUUCUGAAGAGUUUGAAGAGGGCAGGAGUGAUCCAGACGGAUCUGAUAUCGACAGGGAUGCAAAAUUCAUGGAAGAUCACUCACCAGAAAAAAGAUUCGGCCUCCAUUGUCCAUAUUGGAGUCGCAGCGCCACUGCAUUCCCCGAUGGUAUAGAACGAGUAGCAAAUGACGACUUUCAUCCAUCAAAAUACAUUAUGAAACGGAAAGCUAACAAGGACAGAAAAGGGAGAGUGUGCGUGGAAAAAGAUUUAAUAAAGAGAAGAAAAAACAGAGUUAUAGUCAAGCCUGUCUUUAAAGACCGCUCAAUGGAAGGAGGCAGAAAAAAAGGAUGGAAAAAGACCCAAGUGGCUGAUGGUGAUUUUUCGCCAUCUGAUGACGAUAAUAAGGCAAGAAAACCUGAGAAGAACAGAAAAAGGAAAGUGCCCGAGGAGGACAAUAGGAGAAAGUCAUUCGGCAGACGUGCAAACAAACAAAGCGACAGGAACUCUGUGGCUGAUGACGAUUUUUCUUCAUCUGAUGACUAUGAUAAGGCAAGAAAACCUGACAGGAACAGAAAAAGGAAAGUGUCCAAGAGAGAAAAUACAAGAAAGGCAUUCGGUAGACGUAGAAACAAACAAAGCGACGGUAACUCUGGUAAGGGGGGAAAAGAGAGGGAACAUCGAGACAGACAACACUUUCCUGGAGAGUCACCACCUACUCCGCCUUCUUCUCCACCAUCGGGAUUACCGGAAUUACAAAGCAGUAGCCGUAUGCCAGAUCCUUUCGAAGAAAUAUCCGUUCAGCAUGCAACAAAACAUGGAAACAUUCGUUUGUUGCGAGCAUUAGCGCUGUCGAAAGAGGACCUAAGCAAAUCAGGGCAGUUCUUUCCUCUGCACUCAGCAACGGCACUGGGAUUAAAGAGAACCACGUCUUUCCUGUUACAAUCUGGUUUCGAUUUGGAUGAGAGAAAUGAAUCUGGUCAUACCCCUAUCGAAUGUCUUGACCCAUGCCAGGACAAAGUUUUGUUGAAAUAUAUGAGGAAAGUUGGAGGUUUUGACUCUACUUUCCCACCUGCCACACAUGAACGGCCAGAUGGAUCAAGCAAUACAGAAGGUGUCAACACUGUCAACAUGGAGAGAGUUGAUUUAUCAACAAGAACGGUUUACCUCCCAUCCGCACAGUUCCGAGCUUCAUUCAAGGAGAGAAAUCCGACACGAAAAUUAUUCUUCGUAUCCCCGUUCCUCUCCGAGUACAGCAUGGCGUGCACCUAUCAACUGUAUGGCUUGCUUUAUGUUCUUGGACGAUACAAUGCAGAGGAGGACUUCCGGCGUGUUUUGAAUGAUGUAAUCCUUCCUGAGAGAAGUCUGAUGCAGUGUAAAGAUUGCAGUUCGGGUAUUUUCAAUUUUGAUACCUGGCUCACCGACAGACGAGAGAAACAUAUAGGCUCUGGCCAUGACGUUACAGGUGAGAUACCCCCAUGGAUUAUCCAGCUACUCCAAAGGAAGCCAGAAUUCCGGCCUAACGUUCAUAUUCUCAAUGAUGGUUGGACUCCAAUGCAUUACGCUGUUCUGACCCGCAAUGAUGACUUAGUCAAGCAAUUGUUAGAAAUGGGGGCAGGGUAUCUGAAAAACAAAGCACUGACAUUGCUUCCAAACUUCAUUCUGGAUCAACUGAGAGUUAACAGUGGUUUUGAGUACGAGUAUGUGUAUUGUCACAUUGAAGGAUUCACGCCUCUUAUGCUUGCAACGUUCAUCGGGAAUCAUUCGGCAAUAGCAUUGUUUUUCCGAAACAUUGAAACAAUAAAUCUGUGUACUAGAAACGAUAUAGAUGACACUCUCACCCUGGCGUACUGUGAAGACACAGAACAGAUACUCCUAGACGGUCUUUGUAUGAUUGGGAAGAAACAUUUAUUACAAAACCACCAAGUUGACGUCAACUUGCAACCUCAUUACCGGAAGGAUAACCCGAUGAGACGAAUAUUGUUCGGUUCCUCAAAUGAUGUGUUAGAUGAGAUUGAAGAAGAGUUUUUUACUACGCUAAUAAUUGUGGAGAACAAAGAUAUCAUCAGUGAAUAUCUAAAUACAGAUAAUUCAGAUGCUGUUUCGGAAGAGGAGGAUAAACUCUUAGAAGAAACAAUAGAAUUCUACUCUGAUAGGCUAUGGAGAAGACACAGCUCUCUUAACGCCAUCAUACCAGGACAUAUCUCAUCACUUCCCGAUGGUUGUCAAGGAUAUGACAAGACGAUCAUGGUAGUCUUGCAUAGCACAGACAAAGAAUUAACUCCAUCAUUUGAAAUGCCUUUCCAAGAAAAUCUGUUCAUGAACGGAUCACGUGUUUUAGUUCAUGUUGUUGAAAGUUCCUUUAGAUUCUGUCCAACGACCGUAAGUCCAUUGCAAGUAGGUUGUAGCAUUGAUUACGACCAUUUACGAGCCACGCUUGGAGUAUUUGUAGAAAACUCUCAGAAGAAGGUAGGAGUUUUGACAUGUGGACACACAUUUCUACGUAAGUUUUUUGAUAGCAGUGAUGCCUUCGUUGAUGAAAAAUAUGAUCCAGACAAUUCACCUGUAUUGUUGAACGUUUACAAAAGAAAAACUGAAAAACGCCUGGAAGUUCUUAGAGAAGACAACAAAAUAGGCCCGGACGAUGGCGAUGCUAUGGCCACUACUGAAACUGUCGAUGACGAUGCAAUGGACACGGAGGUCGCGGAAACUUGCGGUUUCGUUAGAAGGCUGUUAUUGCGCCCAGAUCUGGAGGUUGGCAUAGACGCGGCUCUCAUUUUAUUUAAUGUUGAGGACACGGUCCCAUGUAGCCCUCAGCUGCACCUCGAGCAUGCCAUGGCUAAACAGCAGCUUCGCAGUCACAAAGCUGAAAAUAUGGAUGCUACAUUUGCUCGUGGCGAAGAAUUCAACUGCAACAGAACGGUCAAAGUCUUCAAAUGUGGCCUUGGAAGUGGUUUCACUGUUGGAGUCAUUCGUUUCAAUAAAGCUACAGGUCAAAUAAGAUUUAGUGACAGUAGUGGAGAAUUUGAACCAAUGGGAGUCGGUAAUUGUACAUCCAAGCACAUUAUGAAAGGACAGAUCGUGGUACACUCGCUGGCCCCUUCGCAAAUAUUCUUUACCCAAGGCGAUUCAGGAUCCGCUGUGUUCCUUUUCGAGGAAAAUUCUCCUUUGAAAUGCAUUGGAAUGGGUAUAGGUUAUAUGAUAAAAACUACCGUAAGUCUUGUUACUCCAAUACGUCCCCUUUUGGAAGCGCUGUCUGAAGACCAAGACACAACUUACAAACUGUUGGCAUUUACUUCAUAACGUACAGGCUGGUGUUUCAAAGCGAUUGUUCCUUUAUAAUGUCUACGUAAGGAACGUCAUCAAUCCAUGAUAGGACAGCCAACAUUCAUUUAUUGGUAAAACAUCCGUAAACAUUCCGUUAGAGACUGCAUGGCACUUAACGUGUCGUAGAUGUUUAUUUAUCAACAGGAAAAAAAUCUCUAUUGUCAGAUCGUAGAUUAAGCAGCAGCUGAUGUUAUUCUCCUUUCCUUUUUUUAAAUUGUGUAUUUCAUUUUUUGUGCAUUUUUUGAUCUCGUUUCAUCUUUUCGUAUGUAGAUUCCGUUAAUUUUAUCUUCUUUUUUUUUGUUUUUGUUUUUUUUUGUGGCAGUUCCUUUGAUAUGCUUUUUAUGAGACUCACAGUAUCCCAUAACAUAUAUGCUUCAGACACUGUAGUUAUAUCAUUGCCCAGUAUUUUGAUCCGAGACGGAAUGCAUGUAUUGGCCAUCAUAAAAUGUUUAUUUUCGAAUGCACGUCCGAUUAUCUUACUUAAAAUGUAGCUUUCUGAUUUUUUAGCUGGACGAUACUCGAUUACAUGUUGACAAUGUCUGUUGUGAUUUUCUCACCACAAACAAUAUCAAGUCGAUUUAUUCUUAUGUGGUUUUAAUGUUUCAUAGACUUUAUGAGUGUAAUAUUUGUUUUAUUCAAUUGACAAAAUACGUUCCAUAAACUCACUGUGAUAAACUUUAACUUGUGACUUUGUAUUCUUAAUAAUAAAUCAUGUUAAUAUCAGACGUUCGAAAUUAAGCCACACCGAACGAAUUCGGGUGACUUAUUGUUAAUUUUCCGUUUCUUGCUUAUUUUUCCUCUUAUUCUAAAUCUUUUCCAUGGCUUGUUCCGAGCAUAUCUCAUAUACUGCUGAUGUGACUCUCACCAGAGAAUAAUUAUCAUUUCUUUUAUAUUCUUUCUUGUUUACACAUUAAGAUGAAGAAAAAAUAUUUCUUUUAUUAUGUUUAAGGCAUUCAUUUUAUUUUCUUAGAAUUUUUUUAAUUCAAUUUCACUGCUUUAGUCAAAAAUAGGAAAACAGCAUGCCUGGUGCAAAUGUCUAUUUGUCAAAGGUACAGUGUUAGAUGUGUUUGUAGCGAGGAAUUGAUUAUGUCUUUUGUAUUUCUUUAUUCAAUCAUUUAUUUAUUUAUCAAUUUAUCUAUUUGACUAUUUAUCUAUUGUUUUAUUGAUAUAAUGAUGCAGUAGAAUGAGUAAACUCUCCAAUCAAUUAAAAACUUGAGGUGAAACAUAUUUUGUUUUAAGAUUAACUAUUUGCAACAUUAUUAAUUCGGUAAUUAGCACUAUGUCCAGUUUUAUCAAUUUUUCUUCCACAAAGUUAAUCAUGGAAUAUUUUACAUACCAAACAAAAUAUGUGAACGGGUCACUUUAUUAAGUUUUGUAUACAAAGACACCUGGUGAAUUUCGUUAUAUGUAUUUUUUAUCAAAUAACCCUUUUUAUUUAUUUCGCCGGCACUGCACAAAUUACAAAUUUUUGCAACGAUGCCAUGAUUUUAGUCCCAAAAUUUCGCUAUAUGCAUUGUAUAUCAAAUUCAUAAUUUCAGUUUUUUUUUUCAAAUGCAAUUUUCAUGCACAUACCAAAAUACAUGGUACAAAAUAUAUUUUUUGGAGGUAAACAUUGAUGGACAAUAAAAGUACAUAAACAUAAAUUUAUAUAUAUAUACACUCCACUGUAUAUAACAAAAGUUCAGUCCGCCUGAAGAAGCCUGAGAGGGCAGAAAGGCCUUGCGGCAAAGUCUUGUUUUUAUUUAUUUUAUUUAUUUUAUAUAAUUUUAUACUGUAAUUAUAUAUCACUAAACUGUAUUAUACUGGCGUCACGUGAUAUUCUGAUUUCUUAUGUUAAUUUUCUUAGCGUUGCAAUUGCUACUACUGUGAAUAUUGCUGUUGCCAGAAAUACCAGAUUGUAAUGUUAUUCAAUUAUUCCAUUUCAUUCCUGGAAUUUUUUUUUGGUCAAUAUCGUCUUACAUCACAGACGUUCGUUCUAUGUUUGUUGCCAUAAGUAAAUAAAUUCUUGUAUUCUCAAGCUUG